CCCCCAUCCCAUCUCUAUAUAAUCUUCCUCCAACCUUCUCUCCGCUCGCUCAGGAUUCCUAAAAGUUCUCCGUCUUUCAAAAAAGAGAAAGCAAGAAGCUCUUCUUCUUAGCUCUCCGAUUUUCUGUUCAAACUUUCUGAUUUUCGGUAGGCAACGAAGUAUUUUUUGAGUAAGUAAUGGCGGAUGUGCAGAUGGGUGAAGCCGAGACUUUUGCAUUCCAGGCUGAGAUCAACCAGCUUUUGAGCUUGAUCAUCAAUACUUUCUACAGCAACAAGGAGAUAUUCCUUCGAGAGUUGAUCAGCAAUGCCUCCGAUGCCUUGGACAAGAUCCGCUUCGAGAGCUUGACUGACAAGAGCAAGCUUGAUGCCCAACCGGAGCUCUUCAUCCGGCUGGUGCCCGAUAAGGUCAACAAAACUCUCUCCAUCAUCGACAGCGGCGUUGGCAUGACCAAAGCAGAUUUGGUGAACAAUUUGGGGACAAUUGCAAGGUCUGGUACAAAGGAGUUUAUGGAGGCGUUGCAGGCAGGGGCUGAUGUGAGCAUGAUUGGACAAUUUGGUGUUGGUUUCUAUUCUGCAUACCUUGUUGCAGAGAAAGUCAUUGUUACCACCAAGCACAAUGACGACGAGCAGUACAUCUGGGAAUCACAAGCCGGUGGCUCCUUCACUGUUACGAGGGAUACCUCUGGUGAGCAACUUGGCAGAGGCACCAAGAUCACCCUCUUCCUCAAGGACGACCAGUUGGAAUACCUAGAGGAAAGGAGAAUUAAGGACCUUGUGAAGAAGCACUCAGAAUUCAUUAGUUAUCCAAUUUACCUCUGGACUGAGAAAACAAUUGAGAAGGAAAUCAGUGACGAUGAGGAGGAUGAGCCCAAGAAAGAAGAGGAAGGCGACGUGGAGGAUGUUGACGAGGACAAGGAGGAGACGAAGGAUAAGAAGAAGAAGAAGAUCAAGGAAGUCUCUCAUGAGUGGCAGCUUAUCAACAAACAGAAGCCCAUCUGGUUGCGCAAGCCAGAGGAGAUUACCAAGGAUGAAUAUGCCUCUUUCUACAAGAGCUUGACCAAUGAUUGGGAGGAUCACCUUGCAGUCAAGCACUUCUCUGUGGAAGGCCAGCUUGAAUUCAAAGCUAUUCUCUUUGUUCCGAAGAGGGCUCCAUUUGAUCUCUUUGACAGCCGCAAAAAGCCCAACAACAUCAAGCUGUAUGUGAGAAGGGUAUUCAUUAUGGACAACUGUGAGGAACUCAUUCCUGAGUACCUGAGCUUCGUCAAGGGAGUGGUUGAUUCUGAUGACUUGCCACUUAACAUCUCCCGUGAGAUGUUGCAGCAGAACAAGAUUCUCAAGGUCAUUAGGAAGAAUCUCGUUAAGAAAUGCAUUGAGAUGUUCAAUGAGAUUGCUGAGAACAAAGAGGACUACGACAAGUUCUAUGAAGCUUUCUCGAAGAACCUUAAAUUGGGCAUGCACGAGGACAGCCAGAACAGGGCUAAAUUGGCUGAUCUGCUACGGUACUACUCAACCAAGAGCGGUGACGAGCUGACAAGUCUCAAGGAUUACGUGACCAGGAUGAAGGAGGGCCAGAAGGAUAUCUACUACAUCACUGGUGAAAGCAAGAAAGCCGUUGAGAAUUCUCCCUUCCUGGAACGACUCAAGAAGAAGGGCUAUGAGGUGCUGUUCAUGGUGGAUGCAAUUGAUGAGUAUGCUGUCGGACAGUUGAAGGAAUAUGAUGGCAAGAAGCUGGUCUCUGCUACCAAGGAGGGCCUGAAACUAGAUGAUGACAGUGAAGAGGAGAAGAAGAAAAAAGAGGAAAAGAAGAAGUCCUUUGAGGAUCUUUGCAAGGUCAUCAAGGACAUUCUUGGAGACAAGGUUGAGAAGGUGGUGGUGUCGGACAGAAUAGUCGACUCUCCAUGCUGUUUGGUGACUGGCGAGUAUGGAUGGACGGCAAACAUGGAAAGGAUCAUGAAGGCCCAGGCCCUGAGAGACACAAGCAUGAGCUCCUACAUGUCUAGCAAGAAGACCAUGGAGAUAAACCCUGACAACGGCAUUAUGGAAGAGCUGAGGAAGAGAGCCGAGGCUGACAAGAAUGACAAGUCAGUCAAGGAUCUUGUGCUGUUGCUCUUUGAGACAGCUCUUCUGACUUCGGGCUUCAGUUUGGAUGAUCCCAAUACAUUUGCCGCAAGAAUCCAUAGGAUGUUAAAAUUGGGGCUUAGCAUUGAGGAGAGUGAUGAUGCCGGUGAUGAUGCUGACAUGCCAGCACUGGAGGAAGACGGGGACGAGGAAAGCAAGAUGGAGGAGGUUGAUUGACUUGGCACAGACGGGGGCACUUCAAUUUUUUGUUCAAAGGGAACCAACCAUAUGGGAAGUUUUUAGUUCACUCCGAGAGGACCCAAUGAAAGCUCGUUUGUCCACUGCCUGCGAUUUUUUUUUUCUUUGGGGGUAGCAAUCUGAUCUAGUCUUUUGGGUAUUUUCUUUUUUUCUCUCUUUUUUUUUUUCCCCUAAAACAAGAAGGUGUAUGGUACAGAUCUUAACGUUACUUUUGUUUGUGGUCAGACAUUAAUGCAGCUUAUAAUCUUUUGGGUCCUC